AUGCCAGAACAUGAAGAAUACAAGACAUACAUAGUCCAUAUAGAUCAUUCGCUUAAACCUUCAUCUUUCUUGACCCAUGAGACCUGGCACCGAGCCAUCCUGCGAUCUUUGUCAAACUCAGACAAAGAGAUGUUGCUUUACUCGUACAAUCAUGUCAUGCAUGGCUUCAGUGCUAAGCUCACACCAUCUCAAGCAUCAAAAAUCAGGAAAUCUCCGGCUCAUAUUGCUAUAAACGAGGAGAAAUUUGGCAAAUUGUUCACUACACACUCCCCUCAGUUUAUGGGAUUAAGGCAUUCUUCUGGGUUGUGGAAUGCAUCAUCAUAUGGUGAAGGUGUGAUAAUAGGAUUGAUUGAUACAGGCGUUUGGCCUGAGAGUGAAAGUUUCAACGAGAAAGGAAUGCCGCCAAUUCCUACAAGGUGGAAGGGCAAGUGCCAGAAUAAUACAACUAAUCCUUUUCCUUGCAAUAGAAAACUCAUUGGUGCACAAGUAUUUAUGAAAGGGAAUCAAGCUGCUGGUAAAUCAAACUCACCAGAUCAUUCACCACGAGACGUCUUCGGACAUGGAACACACACAUCGUCAACCGCGGCAGGUAACCUUGUACCAGGUGCAAGUCAAUUCGGAUAUGCAAAAGGGGUAGCUCAGGGUAUUGCACCAGGUGCACAUGUUGCUAUGUACAAAGUAACAUCUGAUGGAUUUAUUGCUGAAAGUGAUGUUCUUGCUGCUAUGGAUCAAGCGAUUGUAGAUGGUGUUGACAUCAUGUCACUAUCUAUAGGUUUUGAACAAACACCUUAUUUCCAAGAUGUCAUAGCCAUUGCUUCUCUUUCAGCAAUAGGGAAGGGGAUUGCUGUUGUUUGCGCUGCUGGGAAUGAUGGAGCACCUUACAGUACACACAAUGCAGCACCAUGGAUUACCACAGUUGGGGCUGGGACACUUGAUCGAAGUUUCACUGCAACAGUGACUUUAGGGAAUGACCUAAUAUUUGAAGGAAAAUCAGAGUUCCCAGAACGUGUUGUAGUUAUAGAUACACCUUUGUAUUAUGGACAAGGUGAUUCUGACAAAGCAUUAUGCAGUAACGGAGCAUUGAAAGAGAGUGAAGUCUUCGGAAAGGUGGUCAUCUGUUAUAGCAAUAACACUAGUAACAUUUUUUAUCAAGCGGAAGAGCUAGCAAGAGUUAAUGCAAUUGCAGGAAUACUUGUUACAGAUGUUGAUUGGUCCCGUUUUGGAAUUGAUGGACUCAGCAUCCCAAGCCUUAUUUUACCAUCCUCUUCUGGUGCUUUGAUAAAAAAGUAUGUUACAGAGGCAGCUGACGAGGCAAGAGUAAAAUUCAUGAGAUUCGUGUUUACAAGUUUUGGCACAAAGCCGGCACCACAAGUGGCUGAUUUCUCUUCGAGAGGACCAGACCCCAUUAACCCAAACAUUCUAAAGCCAGAUAUAAUUGCUCCAGGGGUCCAAGUGUUAGCAGCAUUCCCACCAUUAAUUCCAAUUGAAGGAAUGGGCAACUAUGAAGUAGCUACAGAUUACGCAUUAUUAUCGGGCACAUCAAUGGCAGCACCUCAUGUUGCUGGAGUGACAGCUUUGCUAAAAGCUAUUCACCCUGAAUGGAGCCCAGCAGCUAUCCGAUCAGCCUUGAUGACCACAGCAAACACCAUUGACAACAAUAGAACUACUUUGACAAACCAAUACACUAACCUACCCGGAACACCUCUAGAUUAUGGGGCAGGUCAUAUCAAUCCGAACAAAGCAAUGGAUCCUGGACUCAUAUAUGAUAUAGAUUGGCAAGGUUAUGUUGAUUUCUUAUGUGGCCUAGGCUAUGAUGAUGCUGAGAUGAGAGCUAUUCUUAGACAAAGCCAAUGGACUUGCAACCAAGACGGAACUGACAUAAACUACCCAUCUUUCGUUGCCAUGUUUAGCAAAAAUGCUAGCGCUCCAAAUGUAAAGAACUUUACCAGAGUUGUGACAAACGUGGGAGAUGACCGAUCAGUUUACCAGGCGACUGUAGAAGCAACUCAUGGGAUGACGAUUAAAGUAGAGCCUACCACUCUAACCUUCACAAAUAAAUAUCAAAAGCAAAAGUUUGUUGUGAGUGUGCAAAUGGAUGGAAAAGCUCCUCCGGUGGCUUAUGGUUAUCUAAAGUGGGUUGAUCAGAAUAGCCAUAUCGUUGCAAGUCCUGUGGUGGUCCUAAAUUCCUAA